GUUUGCAACCAGGGAGAGGAACGCUCUCCUCCUCUACAACGGGCGUUUUAACGAGAAGCACGACUUCAUUGCCUUGGAGAUCAUCGAGGAGCAGAUCCAGCUCACGUUCUCUGCAGGGGAGACAACCACUACGGUGGCACCGUUUGUUCCCGGAGGGGUCAGUGAUGGGCAGUGGCACUCCGUCCAGGUGCAGUAUUACAAUAAGCCCAACAUUGGGCGAUUAGGAAUUCCUCAUGGGCCUUCAGGAGAGAAGGUGGCAGUGGUGACCGUGGACGACUGUGACACGGCAGUGGCUGUGCGCUUCGGGAGCCUUAUUGGAAACUACACCUGCGCUGCCCAGGGGACUCAGACCGGCUCAAAGAAAUCUUUGGACCUAACUGGCCCUCUCCUCCUUGGCGGUGUCCCAAACUUGCCUGAAGAUUUCCCAGUGCACAACAGACAGUUUAUCGGCUGCAUGAGGAACCUCUCUAUCGACAGCAAGCCGAUUGACAUGGCUAGUUUCAUCGCCAAUAACGGCACUCUGCCAGGCUGUGCAGCACAGUGGAACUAUUGCGAAACCAACUGGUGCCAGAACGGAGGCACAUGCGUCAACAAGUGGAACACGUACAUCUGUGAGUGCCCCGUACGCUAUGGAGGGAAAAACUGCGAGCAAGCAAUGCCUUCUCCUCAGCGUUUCAGUGGUGAAAGCAUUAUCAUUUGGAGUGACCUUGACAUUACCAUCUCUGUGCCGUGGUACAUUGGGCUGAUGUUCAGAACCCGGAAAGUCAAUGGCAUGUUAAUGCAAGCCAAUGCUGGGGCUGCGUCCAAGAUCAACAUUCAGAUACUGAACAACUACGUGCAGUUUGAAGUGUACAGUGGCCUGAGCCAGGUUGCUAGUUUGAAGAUGAGCCAGUCGCGAGUCAGUGAUGGGGAAUGGCAUCAUUUAUUAAUAGAGCUGAAGAGUGCUAAAGAUGGUAAAGACAUCAAGUACCUCGCUGUCAUGUCCUUGGACUACGGGAUGUACCAGAGCACUGUGCAGAUUGGAAAUCAACUACCUGGACUGAAAAUGAAAAGCAUCAUUGUGGGCGGUGUCUCUGGAGACCAAAUCUCUCAGGGUUUUUAUGGCUGUAUGCAGGGAGUAAGAAUGGGAGAGACAUCUACAAAUAUAGCUACGCUCAACAUGAAACAGGCUAUCAAGAUCAACGUGAAAGAGGGUUGCGAAGUGGAUAACCCCUGUGAUUCCAACCCAUGUCCCCAGCACAGCUACUGCAGCGAUGACUGGGACAGCUACUCCUGUGUCUGUGACCCAGGGUACUUUGGGAGAGACUGUGUUGAUGUAUGUAACUUGAACCCAUGUGAGCAUGUCUCCACGUGCGUGCACAAACCUAGCUCAUCCCAUGGCUACACCUGUGAAUGUGGACAAAGCUACUAUGGACAGUACUGCGAGAGCAAGAUCGACCUGCCUUGUCCCAGAGGCUGGUGGGGAAAUCCCAUCUGUGGCCCAUGUAAUUGUGAGACUAGUAAAGGGUUUGAUUCUGAUUGCAAUAAGACCAAUGGAGAAUGCCAUUGCAAGGCAAAUUACUACAGGCCCCAGAGCAGUGACACCUGCUACCCCUGCGACUGCUUCCCCUCUGGCUCCCACACACGCGCCUGCGACAUGGAGACAGGACAGUGUCCUUGCAAACCUGGCGUCAUAGGGCGGCAGUGCAACCGCUGCGACAACCCAUUUGCUGAAGUUACCAUGAAGGGCUGUGAAGUAAUUUAUAAUGGCUGUCCCAAAGCUUUCGAGGCUGGUAUUUGGUGGCCACAGACCAAGUUUGGCCAGCCAGCUGCUGUGCCAUGUCCUAAGGGAUCAGUGGGAAACGCAGUUCGCCAUUGUAACAUUGAGAAGGGCUGGCUGCCUCCUGAGCUUUUCAACUGCACCACCAGCACUUUUGUGGAUCUAAAAAUCAUGAAUGAGAAGCUACACCACAAUGAGACCAAGUUGAACGGAGACAAAACCAUACGGAUCGUGAGAGUGCUGCAGAAUGCCACCAAAUACACACACAGCUUGUAUGGCAAUGAUGUGAGGACAGCUUACCAGAUGAUGAUCCGGGUCCUCCAAUAUGAGAGCCAGCAACAAGGGUUUGACUUGGCAGCCACGAGGGACGUGGAAUUCAAUGAAAAUAUUAUCAAAGUGGGUAGUGCUCUACUGGACCCCAGCAACAAGGAGCACUGGGAGCAAAUUCAGCGAACGGAGGGUGGCACCGCUCACCUGCUCAGGCACUACGAGGAAUAUUUCAACAAUGUGGCCCGGAACAUGAAGAAAACCUACAUGAGACCUUUUGUCAUUGUUGCCACUAACAUGAUUAUUGCUGUUGACAUCUUUGACAAGUCUAAUUUCACGGGAGCUAGAAUACCACGAUUUCAUGAGAUUAAAGAAGAUUAUCCAAAAGAUCUGGAGUCAUCUGUUGUCUUCCCUGAUACUUUGUUCAGACGUUCAGACAGGAAAGCAGUGCCUACAAUGAAGCCUUCAAAUCAAAAAUUAUCCUCUAAGGUGAACAGUGAUGCGCUAAGCCCUGAGAGUGCAUUUACAAAGAGAAAGAAGCGACACCCAGAUGACUCAAUACAUCAUACUGUUGCCAUGGUUGUUAUAUACCGAUCCCUGGGACACCUCCUGCCUGAAAACUAUGAUCCUGACCGAAGGAGCCUAAGGUUGCCAAAUCGCCCUAUUAUUAACACACCUGUAGUGAGCACAGCCAUUCACAGUGACGGGGAGCUUCCUCCCAACCUGAUGGAAAAGCCCAUCAUAGUGGAGUACGCCAUGCUGGAAACGGAGGAGAGAACGAAGCCCGUCUGUGUCUUCUGGAAUCACUCCAUCACGCUUGGUGGGACAGGUGCCUGGUCCUCCAGAGGAUGUGAGCUGUUCUCCAGAAACCACAGCCAUAUCGCUUGCCAGUGCAACCAUAUAACCAGCUUUGCCGUCCUGAUGGACAUUUCGAAACGAGAGAAUGGGGAGGUGCUUCCUCUGAAGAUCGUCACUUACACAACCGUAUCCAUCUCGCUGGUGGCUUUGCUGAUCACGUUCAUACUGCUGGUCCUGAUCCGCACACUACGUUCCAACUUGCAUAGUAUCCACAAAAACCUGGUGGCUGCCCUUUUCUUCUCUGAGCUUGUCUUUCUUAUUGGAAUCAACCAGACUGAAAACCCGUUUGUGUGUACUGUGAUUGCCAUCCUCCUGCAUUAUUUCUACAUGAGCACCUUUGCAUGGAUGUUCGUGGAGCAGCUCCACAUCUACCGGAUGCUGACUGAAGUGAGGAACAUCAACUUCGGGCACAUGCGGUUCUACUACGUCGUUGGCUGGGGAAUCCCUGCCAUCUUCACUGGGCUUGCUGUUGGUCUGGAUCCACAAGGCUAUGGGAACCCUGAUUUCUGCUGGUUGUCUGUUCAUGACACCCUUAUCUGGAGUUUCGCUGGGCCCAUCGUAAUUGUUGUAGUUAUAAACACUGUCAUCUUUAUACUGGCAAUGAAAGCAUCAUGCAGAAGAAGGCAACGUUCAUUUGAAAAAUCCGGAGUCGUCUCUGUGCUGCGAACGGCAUAGUGGCUGCUGGGGCUGAUGGCGGUGAACAGCGACGUCAUGACCUUUCACUAUCUUUUUGCCAUUUUCAGCUGCCUGCAGGGACUGUUCAUUUUCUUCUUCCACUGCGUAUUUAACAAAGAAGUCAGGAAGCACUUGAAGAACACUUUGACUGGAAAGAAACCUCUUCCAGAUGAUUCCACUGCAACAAGAGCUACAUUAUUAACUCGAUCUCUGAACUGUAACAACACAUAUAUAGAAGAGCCAAAUAUGUAUCGCACAACUAUUGGGGAAUCCACUGUCUCCCUAGAAAGCACCGUCAGGGAUGAGGCUGCUCAUAAGCUCAGUGGAUCCUCAAGUCAAGCAAGGGCUGGUCAGACUGAAGCAGAUUCCUCCAUUUUUCAUAGGAAUCCAUCAAAGUCCAAUGAGCACGAUUCAGACUCCGACAGCGAACUGUCCCUCGAUGAACAUAGCAGCUCUUACGCCUCCUCCCACUCAUCAGACAGUGAAGAAGAUGGGCUCGAGCCAGAGAAAAAGUGGAACACAUCCACUUCCAAAAAUAAUGAACGUGGCCCACUCCACAGCACACCCAAAGUUGAUACCCUUCCCAAUCAUGUGAAACCCUAUUGGCCCACAGAGUGCGUAACAGCCAGCGAUGGCGAGGACCCCAGUGGGAAACAGAAACUCAAAGUUGAGACCAAGGUCAACGUAGAGCUUCACAGGGAAAACCAGGUGAACCACAGCAACGAAGCACCCCAGGACAAGGAGAAUGAAGGGCAGCAGAAGGAGAACAGACCUCUGUCCCACCAGAAUAACCAGCAGCCGGAGCAGAGGAAAGGCAUCUUAAAAAAUAAAGUCACCUACCCUCCCCCGCUAGUGGAUAAGAAUAUGAAGAAUCGACUGCGGGAAAAGCUGUCGGAUUACAAUCAGACCACAAUCUCAUCCAGGACUACUUCCCUGGGGACAAAUGAUGGGGUCCGCUCUCCCUCAGACUCGGGGGUGACAGUAAAAAAUGCUCGGAGGGAGCAGUCUCGAGACCAGCUCAACGGCAUGGCCAUGAAUGUCCACGUGGGAACAGGACAUGCUGACACCUCAGACUCGGAAGGCAGUAACGAAACUUCAAUUUGA